GAGCCUUGCUUGCGUACGCUGGUCGGAACUCUGCUCUGCUAGAGCCGGGGGCUUUGCUGCGGCGGCUGCGGUCGCGGCGGCCGUGCGGGACUGAGAUUGGAGCGAACCACAAAUACUUAUCGAUCACUGUCUGCCACCAUGGGGGAGCUUUUCCGGAGUGAGGAGAUGACGCUGGCCCAGCUUUUUCUACAGUCAGAGGCUGCUUAUUGUUGUGUCAGUGAAUUAGGAGAACUUGGAAAGGUUCAAUUUCGUGAUUUAAAUCCAGAUGUGAAUGUUUUCCAGAGGAAAUUUGUGAAUGAAGUUAGAAGAUGUGAAGAAAUGGAUCGAAAGCUUCGAUUUGUUGAGAAAGAGAUAAGGAAAGCCAACAUCCCAAUUAUGGACACUGGUGAGAACCCGGAGGUACCCUUCCCCCGGGACAUGAUCGACUUAGAGGCCAAUUUCGAGAAGAUUGAAAAUGAACUGAAGGAAAUCAACACAAACCAGGAAGCUCUGAAGAGAAACUUUCUGGAACUGACCGAAUUAAAAUUUAUACUUCGCAAAACUCAGCAGUUUUUUGAUGAGGCUGAAUUGCAUCAUCAGCAGAUGGCGGAUCCAGACCUGUUGGAAGAAUCCUCAUCCCUCUUGGAGCCAAAUGAGAUGGGAAGAGGAGCACCUUUACGACUUGGCUUCGUGGCUGGUGUCAUUAACCGGGAGCGGAUCCCUACCUUUGAGCGCAUGCUUUGGCGAGUGUGCCGAGGGAAUGUGUUCCUGAGACAGGCUGAAAUCGAGAACCCGCUGGAGGAUCCUGUGACUGGUGACUACGUGCACAAGUCUGUGUUCAUCAUUUUUUUCCAAGGUGAUCAGCUGAAAAACAGGGUCAAGAAAAUCUGUGAAGGGUUCCGGGCCUCCCUCUAUCCCUGUCCUGAGACGCCACAGGAGAGGAAAGAAAUGGCUUCUGGAGUCAAUACCAGGAUCGAUGAUCUCCAAAUGGUUCUGAAUCAAACAGAGGACCACCGCCAGAGGGUUCUGCAGGCAGCUGCUAAGAACAUCCGGGUCUGGUUCAUCAAGGUGCGGAAGAUGAAGGCCAUCUACCAUACCCUGAACCUGUGCAACAUUGACGUCACUCAGAAGUGCCUGAUUGCAGAAGUCUGGUGCCCUGUCACUGACCUUGACUCCAUCCAGUUUGCACUUCGAAGAGGCACGGAACACAGCGGUUCCACUGUCCCCUCCAUUCUGAACAGGAUGCAGACAAACCAGACUCCCCCAACGUACAACAAAACCAACAAGUUCACGCACGGCUUCCAGAACAUAGUAGACGCCUAUGGCAUCGGCACUUACCGGGAGAUUAACCCAGCCCCGUACACCAUCAUCACUUUCCCUUUUCUGUUCGCUGUCAUGUUUGGAGAUUUUGGGCACGGCAUUUUGAUGACCCUUUUUGCCGUGUGGAUGGUGUUGAGGGAGAGCCGGAUCCUCUCCCAGAAGAACGAGAAUGAGAUGUUUAGCACCGUGUUCAGCGGUCGCUACAUCAUCCUCCUGAUGGGACUGUUCUCCAUCUACACUGGACUCAUCUACAACGACUGCUUCUCCAAGUCUCUGAAUAUCUUUGGGUCAUCAUGGAGUGUCCGGCCAAUGUUCACUCUAGGAAACUGGACAGAGGAGACGCUUCUGGGGAGUUCCGUGCUCCAGCUGAACCCGGCUAUCCCUGGAGUUUUUGGUGGCCCGUACCCAUUUGGCAUUGAUCCGAUUUGGAACAUCGCAACCAACAAGCUGACCUUCCUCAACUCCUUCAAGAUGAAGAUGUCUGUUAUCCUUGGGAUCAUCCACAUGCUGUUUGGAGUCAGCCUGAGCCUUUUCAACCACAUCUAUUUCAAGAAGCCCCUGAAUAUUUACUUUGGCUUUAUUCCUGAAAUAAUCUUCAUGGCCUCCUUGUUUGGCUACCUGGUCAUCCUUAUCUUUUACAAGUGGACAGCCUACGAUGCCCACUCCUCUAAGAACGCACCGAGCCUCCUGAUCCAUUUCAUAAACAUGUUCCUCUUCUCCUACCCAGAGUCUGGGAAUGCAAUGCUGUACUCUGGACAGAAAGGAAUUCAGUGUUUCCUCAUAGUGGUGGCGAUGCUCUGUGUCCCUUGGAUGCUGCUGUUUAAGCCACUGAUCCUGCGCCAUCAGUAUCUGAGGAAAAAGCACUUGGGAACUCUCAACUUUGGUGGGAUCAGGGUGGGCAACGGACCGACAGAGGAGGAUGCUGAAAUUAUUCAGCAUGACCAGCUCUCCACCCACUCAGAGGACGCAGAAGAGCCUACCGAGGACGAAGUGUUCGACUUUGCCGAUGCCAUGGUCCACCAGGCCAUCCACACCAUCGAGUACUGCCUGGGCUGCAUCUCCAACACCGCGUCCUACCUGCGGCUCUGGGCCCUGAGCCUGGCGCAUGCGCAGCUUUCUGAAGUACUCUGGACCAUGGUCAUCCACAUCGGCCUGCACGUCCGGAGCCUGGCCGGAGGGUUAGCGCUGUUUUUCAUCUUCACCGCCUUUGCCACCCUGACAGUGGCCAUCUUGCUGAUCAUGGAGGGCCUCUCAGCCUUCCUCCACGCACUGCGGUUACACUGGGUGGAAUUCCAGAACAAAUUCUACUCGGGGGCUGGCUUCAAGUUCCUGCCCUUCUCCUUUGAGCACAUUCGAGAGGGGAAGUUUGAUGAGUGAGUCCCCAGCAGGGCACGUGCCCCGAGCAGCCUUCCUGCUUGCCUCCACAGUGAUUGCCUGUGUUCCUUCUGCCUGUCAGUUGUGAUCCCUGGAUACCAGGGUGUGAUGGUGUCACCCCUGCCACCCCCGCCCCAGCUGUGAGUCAUUUAGGUAGCACUGGCCUUCCCUGGGUCUCUCUACCCCAACCCUUGUUCACUUAGACUUUUUAAUGAGAGUUGGAUGCCUGAUACCCAUCCAUCCUCAGGGAACCAGCCUUGGCCUCCCCGCCUCCAGACACACAGCUCUAUUCCGCCCCCUGCUGGUGAGCCAACAUGCACAGCCACAUGGGGGCACAGAGCCUUCAGAACGGAAGGGGUCUGGGUCCCUAAAUGAGUCCGCAGCUCUUGGUCACACCUUGGAGGAGGAUCACAAUAGGUUCUCUCCUGGCAGAGGACGUUGUGUUUGGGACAUUUCCUGCUCCAGUUAGCAGGGACAAUCAGGAAGAUGCUGUUGUCAUCUUUUGCCCACCCCUCCCCAGGUAGUAUUAAUAGGUAGUUCAGCUGGCCCCAUCCGGGCCCCGACGAGUGGCUUCUCCUUGAUAUCCCAAAGGUCCCAGGGUAACCAGCACCGCCUUCUCCCCCAGCCCUCUUGGCACAGCAUAGCACCCCUGGGAAUGGGAGAGUCUAACUGACUUGCAGCACAGGCUUCCUGACCUUAGAUUACCUUCCAUCCAGCCUGUGCAUGAAUGGGCCCUGCCCAGCACAACACCCCAAGGCAGAAGUUAAAAUUGGCACUCCCCUGGUGCACCCCCUGAGCCCUUCCCCAUCCUGAUCAUGAUGUCCUGAGGCUGUGGUCAGUAAGGCUGGUUCUGCCGGCAGGCCUGCCUUGAUCCGCCCACUGAUGCGCCCUCCCCAACUCCCACACUGACCCCAGGUCUCAGGAGCGGUGUCCUGGGCAGGGAAGGCCAGUGUCAUUUAUAGUUUGCUAAUUGGAGGUAGGCUGCUAGUGCAGGUGUGGUGAGCCUGCAAAGGCCUGCCAAGCCCUCCUCACCCACCUGGUGAACCCCUGGCUGUGGCUCUCAGACCCUUCUAAUCAUGUGCUGACCCAGCAGCCCAGCUGCUCCCCCUCAAUUCACUCAUUGCCUUCCCUGGGGAGGCGAUAUAAAUCAGCAAGGCCCAUCCCCCCUCCCCACCCUGGCGCCCAUGAGAGCUGCUCACACUCGCCCAGGCAGGGCUGGCCCACUGUGACCUCAUUCCAAACCCCCUCUUCCAUUGUCCCAGUUUACAUGAUGAUCUUUGCUCUGUUUACAGUGAGGCCUGAGGCAGAGUUUCAUGCCUGGGACCCUGCUCAUGGCCUUCUGUCCAGACCUUCUUGUGCUGAAUAAAGUGUGUUUGCCUGUC